CAUCUUGGGCUGUGGUCGCGGCUGGGAGUCGCCAUCUUGUCUUUCCUUUAGCGUGGGGGGCGCCAUCUUGUGCCCUACCGAUGAAUGAGCCGCCCCGCUAAGGAGUGAGUCCAUCCGGUUUGGUCCGCUGCUUCGACUUUCAGCGUGGCCGGCUAUGGAGUCCCGCCUCGUCUGCCUUGUCCUUCUCCUCCGCCUUGGGAUCGCCUCGGCGGCUCCAGAGCUCCUCAAUGAGGAGGUGAAGCGGACCGUGGACCUCGGCACACACCUGGCCAAGGCGACGGCGGAGCUGAGCCUGGCCAACCCUGCGGGGGGCUCCGGGACCGCCACCUCCUUCCUUCUGGCUCUGGAGCCCGGCCUGGAGAGCCACCUGGCCUACCUGGGGGUGCAGGUGAAAGGUGAUGAAGAAGAGGAGAAUACUUUGGAGGUGAAGGAAACCAAAGUAAAAGGUAAAAGUGGAAAAUUCUUCACUGUGAAAUUGCCAUCUCCUCUGGCUCCAGGUGCAAAGAUUCGCUUAUCCAUCGAAACAGUUUUUACACAUGUCCUGCAGCCAUAUCCUACACACAUAACGCAGGCAGAGAAGCAGUUUGUGGUUUUUGAGGGUAAUCACUAUUUUUACUCUCCGUAUCCAACCAAGACCCAAACUACUCGUGUGAAACUGGCCUCAAGAAAUGUGGAAAGCUACACCAAACUAGGCAAUCCCAGCCGGUCGGAGGAUAUGAUUGAAUAUGGACCCUUCAAGGAUAUACCACCUUACAGUGAGGAUACCCUUAAGGUGCACUAUGAAAACAACAGCCCAUUCCUGACUAUCACUAGCAUGACACGCGUCAUUGAAGUUUCUCACUGGGGAAAUAUUGCUGUAGAAGAGACUGUUGACUUAAAACAUACAGGAGCUGUCCUCAAAGGGCCUUUCUCCAGAUAUGAUUACCAAAGGCAGCCAGACAGUGGAAUAUCUUCUGUGAAAUCUUUUAAGACUAUCCUUCCUGCUGCUGCUCAAGAUGUAUAUUACAGAGAUGAAAUUGGCAACAUAUCCACAAGUCAUCUUCUCAUCCUGGAUGACUCAGUAGAAAUGGAGAUUCGUCCUCGUUUCCCCCUUUUUGGGGGUUGGAAGACUCACUACAUUGUUGGUUACAACUUGCCUAGCUAUGAAUACCUGUUUAAUCUUGGUGAUCAGUAUGCCCUGAAGAUGAGAUUUGUUGACCAUGUCUUUGAUGAGCAAGUUACAGACUCAUUGACUGUAAAGAUAAUUCUGCCUGAAGGUGCCAAGAAUAUCCAUGUGGAUAGUCCGUAUGAAAUCAGUCGGGCUCCUGAUGAGCUUCACUACACCUACUUGGACACAUUUGGUCGCCCAGUUAUUGUAGCACACAAAAACAAUCUAGUAGAGCAGCAUAUCCAGGAUAUUGUGGUGCACUAUACGUUUAACAAGGUCCUGAUGUUGCAGGAGCCUCUGCUUGUAGUUGGAGCCUUCUAUAUCCUGUUCUUUACAGUGAUCCUGUAUGUUAGGCUGGACUUCUCCAUCACUAAGGAUCCAGCAGCAGAAGCUAGGAUGAAAGUUGCCUGUAUUACAGAGCAAGUUCUCACCUUAGUGAACAAGAGACUCGGUCUGUACCGCCAUUUCGAUGAAGCUGUGAAUAAAUACAAGCAAUCGCGGGACAUUUCCACCCUGAACAGUGGCAAAAAAUCUCUAGAAACUGAACACAAGGCCUUGACCAAUGAAAUCGCCUCAUUACAAUCCAAGCUGAAGACAGAAGGUUCUGAUUUGUGUGAUAAAGUCAGCGAAAUUCAGAAACUUGAUAGCCAAGUCAAGGAGCUGGUUUUGAAAUCCUCUGUGGAGGCUGAACGGCUGGUAGUUGGCAAGCUUAAGAAGGAUGCAUACAUAGAGAAUGAAAAACUGCAUUCCAACAAGCGUCAGGAGCUGGUCACCAAAAUUGACAAUAUUCUUGAUGCACUAUAACUUGGAAGUUAGAGGUCAAAAGUUGGGGGAAAGAGCUACAGAGGGUGAAAGGCUGUGGAACAAGCACACUGAGCCACACCAGUUUGGGAAGAGGGGUGGGGGAUCAAGGUCUCUGGCCUACAAAGCUGGGGCAAGGGAGAAUUUUUUGAAAUUGCCUUUGAAAAUUUGGGUUAGUUAUUUUUAGGGCCUAUUUGCUCUGCAAUACCUACUAUCUGCAAGAGGUGUUGUAUAACAUGCCUUAGACUUAACGGUAACCGUGGUUCUCCUACAAAGCUCAAAGUGUUAUCUGACUUCAAAGUCUGUAUCUUCAUGUGCUGAAAGGACCACUAAUUAUCAGUAGUAGGCAAGCAUACACACAGGCCCUCUGCUGGUACUGAAUGUCUCAACCAGAGAAAAUAAAUACGACUGGUCUGUUCAAAGGUUUGGUGGUAAAUCUUUCCUUCUGUCCUCCACCUUUGAAUUUAUACUUUUAUAUUUUGGAGAUGAGGGUGUGGAUAAGUAACUUGAACAAAGGAAUUUUUCUACUAUUUGAGAUUCUUGCACCUGAACUUGCUGAGCCUACCUGAAAUUACACCACACAGAGUCCAGUGCAGGUUAUGGGCUGGGGGUGGGUGCGGCUAGUUUGCUUUCAAACCUGUGCUUUUCCUCAGAUGGCUUCCUUCUUCCUUUUUUAAAACAUGUAGGAAAGACCAAACUGAAAUAAAGGCUUAUGGCUGA